GACUACUCGCCUGCUCUACUCCUUUCCUCCUCCUCGAGCAUCAUGAACGGCCACUGCAACGUGCAGGUCAACGACGUGGCGGAGGAGUUCCACUGCAACAACAGCUUCUCCGAGCUCAUCAUCGACGGCAAGAAGGCCGCCGGGCGCCGCGGCCACGAGACCUCCCGCAAGGAGGCCGAGGACAAGAGCCGGCUGCCCGCCCUGGAGGUGGCCUACACCAGCAUCCUGCGGGAGCUGGGAGAGGACGUGGACCGCCAGGGACUGCUGCGCACGCCGCUGAGGGCCUCCAAGGCCAUGCAGUUCUUCACCAAGGGCUACCAUGAGACCGUGGACGACAUCAUGAACGACGCCAUAUUCGACGAGGACCACGACGAGAUGGUGAUCGUGAAGGACAUCGACAUGUUCUCCCUGUGCGAGCAUCAUCUGGUGCCCUUCUUCGGCAGAGUCCAUAUCGGAUACGUUCCCAACAAAAAAGUAGUGGGACUGAGCAAGCUGGCGAGGAUCGUGGAGAUCUUCAGUCGGAGGCUUCAAGUUCAAGAGCGUCUCACCAAGCAAAUCGCCAUGGGGCUAUCUGAGGCCCUGCAGCCGAAAGGUGUCGCCGUGGUCAUCGAGGCAUCGCACAUGUGCAUGGUGAUGCGAGGCGUGCAGAAGAUGAACAGCCGCACGGUGACCAGCUCCAUGCUGGGCAUCUACCUGGACGACCCCAAAACCAGGGAGGAGUUCCUUUACCUCACCAAGCACUGAUGGGAUGGUCCUGACGUGUAUUUCAAAACAAAACAAGAAGCAAAUACAGCAAAGCUUGAAAGACAAAUCACUGUGAAUUCAAGAGAAUCUGCUUUUUUGUUUCCCCCCCCAAGUAACAUUGUACAGCUUAAGACUUUAGCUUCUUUUCUUUCUUUCUUCCAUUGACAUUGGUGCUUUCACAAAGUGGUACUGUCUUCCUUUUUUAUUAUUAUUACUGUAUUCAGAUUUGAACCACAUAUCCACAUAUUUGUAAUAUAGUACAUUGUAAAAUACACGUUUUUCCCCCUGUCGGUCCAUAGCAGUAGAGAAAAAAAGAUGGCGGUACUGACAGGUUAUUUUGCUUUUACAAAAUCUGCAGCAUGUAUUUUGAAGUGUAAUUACUUAAAUAAAAGGCAUACAA